UUUCCCAAAAAGCCUCACAACAUCUCUCUCUCUCUCUCACUCUCACUCUCAGACACACUUACACAAAGCGACCCAAUGGCUCCUAUGACAGAAGAGUCCAUUAAAAGAAAAGUGAGGGCAGGGGAAGCCAUGAAGGGCUCAAAAAGGGAAGUCAACAAGGGAGCAUGGACAGCAGAGGAAGAUCACAAACUAGCAGAGGUUAUUGAAGUACAUGGUGCAAAAAGAUGGAAGACAAUUGCCUCCAAAGCAGGCCUCAAUCGGUGCGGCAAGAGUUGCAGGCUAAGAUGGUUGAACUAUCUAAGACCCAACAUCAAGAGAGGAAAUAUAUCUGACCAAGAAGAGGACUUGAUUCUUAGGCUACACAAACUUCUCGGAAACAGGUGGUCUUUGAUUGCUGGAAGAUUGCCUGGUCGAACAGAUAAUGAAAUAAAAAACUACUGGAACUCUCAUUUGAGCAAGAGAAUAAUCCAGAAGGAGAAGCAAAGUGGAGCCAACCCAACAAGACAAAUGGUCUCCACAGACCAGAAACUAAGCCUAGCAGAACAUCACCAGAAGGUCCACAUAGAAAUGAAAGAAGACUCGUUAUCAGAAGAAGGUGCUAGCUUUGCAUCCAAAGACUCGAGCAAGAACAUGAACAAUAUUGAUGUUGAUGACUUCUUUGAUUUCUCCAACGAGGGACCUUUGAAUUUGGAGUGGGUGAGUAAAUUCCUGGACUUCGAUGAUGACAGAUGGCUUAUUAACUGAUGCCACUUUGUUGUCUGCUUCGUUUGGUUACUCUUCGUGGAUUUGGUGCAGUUCAUGAUCAUCAGAGAGUUGUAUGUUAAAUUUCACCAUCUGGACAGCUUUUUUUCUUUUCUUUCUUACUGGUUUAAAAUACUAUUCGAGGAAUCUGGUGGAGUUUAUGUCGGUGCUCUGAAACUGUAAAUCACUGAGGCUUUUCGAUGCUCCUAAUCAUAUUUGUGAA